AUCUGCAUGAAUACGCGCAUGCUUUUUGCUGAACCUCACACGCUUCACUGUAAUCGGUGUACUACCGAUUAGGGUGAAGCUUGUGAGGUUGAAACAAUUGGCAUAGAACCAUUACAAUUCAUAGGAAGAACGGUUUAUCUUCCGCUGUUGGUACCCUUACGGUUCUAGUAUUCAUUUUGUUGUUAGAGCCUAUCCGGAUGCAGCACCACGAAUCCGUAGAAAAAGAAGGCUCCUCGUCAAUUCUGGCGCUUAGUUGCCGACUUCCACUAUUAUUGGCCGGACUGGAUUAUAAAGCUGGCUUGUCGGUCGAUUUCGACAAUCAAUAUUCGUCGGAAUCUUCUUCUGGCAGACGUACUUCGUAUGAUGUAGACAAUGUUUUUGUCGAUAACGCCACUGGUAGUUGUGGCAGCUGCUGCGGCAGUAAAAGCAGGGUCGGCGGCGGUCAGGACGAACAUUUCUUGAGCAGCUGAUGCGAUGCGGACUGCAUUUGACUGUUGUCUUCUUACUUGAGCCCUGCGCUGGUCUACCCAAGCUAUGUGCUGCGCAUGUUUUUCUUCAAAACGGUUUUUCGUAAACAAUCUUAUGGCCGUCAGAACAUUUAUGGUUUGCCAGAAAGUCAGCUGGCUGGCUAGCCAGCAAUCCCGCAUCGGCGUCCAGUAGCGCUCUGCUUAUGGGUUGUUUUUACUUGAACCGUUUGCCCUUCGUGGCAUAGAGACAUAACGUUGUUUUGCUUCAGUCGUGGAAGCUGGCAGCUCUCGAUCUGCGCAUAUCGCUGCUCUCAACUGCUUGACUAGUCUUUCAUCUGUUGAUUGUCGCGACCAGAUAGCGGUGGCAGCAACAGCAGUACACAACAUGGACACGUUGCUGGAAGACUCUGUGAUUCUCGCCAAAAGAAAACCUCUACGUGUUGCGCGGUUCGCUCAGUACCGUGUCAUACUUGUGUUACGUCGUGUUGUCGUCUCUCCACGCCGCAAAAAUGUUCCUGUUAGAUUGGAUGACGGGUGUUCUAGGCUAUCUCGGCCUCUGGAAGAAGUCAGGCAAGCUACUGUUUCUGGGUCUGGACAAUGCUGGAAAGACGACACUUCUUCACAUGCUUAAAGAUGAUAGGAUGGCCCAACACGUUCCCACCCUGCAUCCCACAUCCGAGGAGCUUUCAAUCGGCAAUAUGUGCUUCACGACGUUUGACCUCGGCGGUCAUCAUCAGGCACGUCGGGUGUGGCGCGAUUAUUUCUUAGCGGUUGACGCAAUCGUCUUUUUAGUGGACGCUUCGGAUCGCGACCGUUUCAUCGAAAGCAAAACUGAGCUGGACAGCCUGCUCAUGGAUGAGCAGUUGGCUAGUUGCCCUGUACUAAUCCUAGGCAAUAAGAUCGAUCGGCCAGGGGCCGCUUCCGAAGAUGAGCUUCGCCACUCGUUUAACCUAUAUUCACAGACGACUGGAAAAGGACAACGGCCCUCGGAGGGGGUCCGUCCUCUCGAGUUAUUCAUGUGCUCUGUACUCAAACGGCAAGGAUAUGGCGAAGGCUUCCGCUGGAUCGCCCAGUUCCUGUGAGGCGAUUCUGGCGGUGGUGUAUAUGAACCCCAUAUACACAAUUAACGCUCAUCGCCAUGGUGAAGUUAUAGUAGGGAUGGUGAAAUCCAAUGAAAAUGAAGAAGCAAGUCAAAGAUAACAAUAAGAACAAGAACAACAACAGUAAAAAGCUAGCGGGCUAGGAUACUACUGGGGGUGCAAAGCAAUUGAACUUUACUAUUGGGGGUUCUUGAGGGUGCCUUGUUUUACUGAUGGUCUGGCAUUCAGGGGAAGUGGUACCAUCAUGGUGCAGUAUCUUCCACUGGAAGGAAUUUAUUUUUGCGAUUUGUGAAGCUUCCGAUGCGCGUGAAAAGAUGGAACUUUGCGUUUCUAUUACGUCACGCAAAUUUGGCAUUCGGUGGAAGAUAUCGAUUUCAAGAGGUUUUUGAGCAAUGUGCUAACAGGCAGAUGACGCCUCCAGUUGUACUGCGGGUUGCGAUAAUUGGCGAUUUAACUGGACAGACAAAUAGUAACAUACAACAGAAUGAAAUGAAAAAGAACGGCCAAAAUAAAUGUAGUUUCUGCCGAUGAUGACAACAGGCAAACUAAAUUAAAGAUGAGGAAAGGGGCCAACGCCUGAAGUAAAGAAACUGAACAUAAGUAAUGCCAAAAGUGAUACAGUCCGAAAAGAAUAAAGGUAAACAAACUUCGAAUGAUAGCGGAAUACUUACGCUUAUAUACGUUUGGCAGACAAACUCCUGUGUGCUUUCGAUCUUGCUUCCAUCAUCUUUGGUAGAUUUUAAUGUAUAGUAGAUCUGUGAGUUAGCUUUUUCCGCACCUUUAUUUUUUAUAUGGAGUUCGUUAGCCGAUUAGAGGGGUCGGUGUGAACUUUUGUUGUUAGGUUCUUAGGCUCCAUCUCGUUGAUUUUGAAAGUGAACGCUUUCAUGGACACAGCUGGUGAUGUUUUAUAGCAUCCAAGAAGUUCAUACUGCAUAAAAAGUUCCAACAACUGAUGAAUCGAUUCAUUUAGAGAACAGACAAGGUAUUCACCUAUGAAACACUAUAGUAUAAAAGAAGCUUUGAGAGUUUGAUGCCACUCGUGUAUGAGACUUAAUAAUCGCUAUCUGAAACAUGUGAUUUCGAAUUUCUUUCAAUUCGUUUUAUGCCUUUCUGUAUGGAUUCUUCAUAAAAAAUCAAUACUCCGAUUGAUUAAUGAUAGCGAAGGUUAUUUUCUAGGAUUUCAUUUCAUUCCCAUUUACCAUAUUAAAUCACAGUAAGCGAGCCGAGAAAACAUAACACACUCAAAAUACGCGCAAAUAAAAUUAAUGGAUAUAGGACACUUGUUUUCUGAAAGUGAGCUGUACAUUUCUUACUAACAUGUUGGACCGAAUUAAUCGUGUGCUCUCAUGUUUUUUUAUCGAAAUGUCGUCAGAAACAAGAAACAAUUACGAGCGUAAUUCGGGUUCACAGUGGUUGGCGAACGCUGAAUAGUCCAGAUUAGUCAGUCAAUCGCAGUAGAUUUAGUCGUUCGAUAGUGGCAACAGCAGUAGCAAUAGCAAACUAAUGACGCAAUGGUAUCGCACCGCUACGCGCUUGUUUCAUUAUCAAUCCCUGAUUAUAAUUAUUAUUGAAACAAACUGCGUCAUAUUCAACCGUAGCGAGCAGAUAAAACGAAAAAGUGAUCAUCAAUAAGGUUAAUGUUCCGUUAAGCUGAGUCGAAUGAAAUCGUUAUACGUAAGUAAGUAGUUGAAUAUGUACUGAAGAAAUUAGAAGAACGAAAUAACAAUAUUUUAUUAAGGCUUUUUACGGUGCAGAUAAACUUCUAUUAUGAUAAAGAAGCUCGCAAGGAAUGAUUCGGAUCGAUUCGGCAUCUUAAAUGGCAACAAUAGCAAUAACAACAAAAAAAGCAAGAACAUUCUGCUUUGCGCGUAAGAUUUGACCCCGUUUGCUUGUUAAACCGCAGGCAAUAGCAACA